CCCCUCUACGCUCUCUGGUGAACAGAUCCAGCGCAAAAACCUCUCUCAUAUUUUUCCCGAAAUUCCUUUUAUACCCUUCUCUACACGAGAUCUAUUCCCCAUUAUUUGAUUAUUCACAUCUCCUUCAAUGGCUGCGAUCUACAGUCUCUUCAUCAUCAACAAAUCCGGCGGUCUGAUCUUCUACAAGGAUUACGGAUCGGCGGGACGAAUGGAUACGAACGACAGCCUGCGGUUGGCGAGCUUAUGGCAUUCAAUGCAUGCUAUCUCUCAGCAGCUGUCUCCGAUAGUUGGAUGCUCGGGUGUUGAACUGCUCGAAGCCGAUACAUUCGAUCUCCAUUGCUUUCAGACGCUGACAGGGACCAAGUUCUUUGUAGUCUGUGAACCUGGCACGCAGCACAUGGAAGGUCUUCUGAAACUCAUCUAUGAACUUUACACUGAUUAUGUCUUGAAAAAUCCCUUCUACGAGAUGGAAAUGCCAAUUCGGUGUGAGCUUUUCGACCUCAACCUUCUGCAGGCAGUCCAGAAGGAUCGUGUCCUUUUGAUUGGAAGAUGAACAGCGGUUGAUGAUUCCAAUGACUGAAUUGACACUACCUACAUUUUUUGGUGAUCAUCAUGCAUCUUGGGUCAUCGUCAUUGAUGCUAGGGCUGCGAAACAAAUGGCUCAAUCAUCUGCAUUAAAGAAAGAGAAACUAGCUGUAAGUAUUGCAAAUUUAAGUAUGUUUCUUUAAUAAAUGAAGUCACAUUCAACUCUUAAUGGCCCAAUGGAAUUUUCUUGCGUCUCCCAUACAUUGAGUUACCACUUACCAACUUCCAUUACUCCCACAUUUAUCUUGUCUUGAUCAGUAGUGAUAAAGAGUUAUCCAAUUGAUUACAAA